AUGACACUAGCAAGCACCUGCUGGCCAAGUUUAUCCCCGAUCACUCCUUUUCAAAGUCACGAGACCCUCUGUCCUGUGAUGAGAUCAGAGGAAAAUCCAUUAGAUCUCAAUAACUUACCUGAAGAUUACACGAGAGAUGAUAAUGAGGUUUCUGAUAAUAGUUCUUCAUCUCCUGCUGCUGGCUACAGGAAAAAGAAAAGCGGCGGUAAGGAUGGAAAAGACGAUUCCGAGAGGGAGACAGAAACACUGAACAAGGCUCGUCAACUGGUCUUCACUAACGAUUUAGCUCCAGGAGCUCAUCACCUAGGGUAUCUUCCAGGUGGCCAACAAAUUCCAAAUGGAGGGUUUCAUCAACCUCCAGGCAACAUGGGUGAUGCAACAAUGCCAUUCAGAACAAUGUACCCUACAAGGCUUUUUUCCGGUUCUUCACCACUCUUGCCAUCACCUCCACCAGGCCAACCACCACCGCAGCCACCAUACAUUUACACGUCUCCAUCACGUCUCCUCCCUUUGCAUUCGCAGUAUCCGGCACAACCGGUGAAUGACUACUUUGUUGGCCAUGCUGUCUCUGGUUCCAAUUCUAGGUAUGCAGCAUCUCCACCAGAUACUAAUUACACUUGCAUCGGUGCACUGUUGGGGCAUGGAUUUCCACAUGGCACUGCCCCCAGCACUGGCAACAGCUCGGCCCCUGGUGUAGAUGGUGUUAGAGACGUUUCAAUGCACAUUCAAGACGAAGGAUUGCAUUGGGACAGGAGGUAG